ACUGGUCUCUCUUCUCUGACGUAGUGUAUAAACUCUGCACCAGCGCAGAAAUGGAAAUUGAGAAAAACUUCUACAGUCUAAAAAAAGUUUAAUAUUCUAUACGUGUACAAUAAAUAUAAGAUGAAAUUUUUUCUAUUUACCAUGAGUAUUUAUUAAUAACAAAUAGUUUGGUAUUUAGAACUUAACGCAGUUAUUGACUUGAAAAUUGAUCAAGAAGUUUGUUCUUUCUAUUUGAGGUUAUCAUAUAACUAAACAAUGGAACGUGAAGAAAUUUGUCAAUAUUUUGACGAAAUUAUAAAAAAUGAAAAAGAUAUAUCAGCAGGGAUGGCAGCUAUUCGCACUCUUUUGAAAAUUCUGGAGUUAUCAAAAUCGGAAACUGUUCAAGAACUUCGUUAUUGUUUACAAAAUGCUAUUGAUGCAAUGAUGUCUCUAGAUUACCCUAUAACUUCGAUAGCAUCUGGCUGUGAACUUUUUAUCAGAUUCAUUACACUUGCAAGUCUUGAUACACCAUCCUUUGCUGAGUGUAAAGGAAUUAUGCUUAACAGGGGGAAAAUUUUUUAUGAAAAAUUAAUAAACGCGAGAGGAAAAAUUGCUAAAUUAGCAUCCAACUUCAUUACUGAUGGAUGUAAAAUUCUAACACAUUCAAAGUCGAGAGUUGUAUUACAAGCAAUGAAACAAGCUGCGGCUGACAAUCGUAGUUUCCAUGUAUAUGUAACACAUUCAGCUCCUGAUGUUAGUGGGAUUGAAAUGUAUCAAAAAUUGACGCAAUUAGGAGUAUCUUGUACGCUUAUUCUUGAUUCUGCAAUGGGGUAUGUAAUGGAAAAAGUAGACAUGGUGAUGGUAGGAGCAGAAGGCGUAGUGGAAAGUGGUGGAGUUAUUAAUAAAAUUGGUACAUAUACGUUGGCGAUGUGUGCAAAAGAAAUUAAAAAGCCUUUUUAUGUUCUAACUGAAAGCUUUAAGUUUUCGAGAAUUUAUCCUUUGAAUCAAAUCGAUCUUCCAGAUAAAUUUAAAUAUACCUCAAGUACAAGGUCCAAAAAUCUACAAAAUGAACAUCCUUUGGUUGAUUAUACACCUCCCCAUUAUAUUAAUUUAUUAUUUACGGAUUUAGGGAUAUUAACACCUUCAGCAGUGAGUGAUGAACUUAUUAAGCUUUAUUUAUAAAUUUUUAUAUCAUAAAUAAAAUUUGUAUAUACUUACAAAAA